UAGACACCGGAUCGAUCGCUCGGCGCUCUGCUGUGCAGUACUUCCCGGCAACAUGGCGGCGGUGUUGCAGGUCGGCUCCGUGAGGCAUUUUGAGGAGCUUUUACAGAAGAGUGACAAGUCUUUGCUGGUUGUACAUUUUUGGGCACCAUGGGCUCCUCAGUGUUCACAGAUGAAUGAAGUUAUGGCUGAACUGGCCAAGAUCCAGCCUGAAGUCACAUUUGUAAAGCUUGAAGCCGAAGCCAUUCCUGAAGUGUCGGAAAAGUACGAGAUCUCCUCUGUGCCAACGUUCUUGUUUUUUAAGAACUCUCAGAAGAUUGACAAGUUGGAUGGGGCCCAUGCACCCGAGUUGACCAAGCGAGUCCAGCGCCAUGCAUCAAACACCUCUUUCCCAGCUACCUCCAGCAGUGCUCCUAAGGAAGACCUCAACGUGAGGCUGAAGAAGCUGAUCAGCGUAGCUCCUUGUAUGCUAUUCAUAAAAGGUUCUCCUCAGGAGCCCAGAUGUGGAUUUAGCAGACAAAUCGUGGAUAUCCUUAACAAACACAAAGUCCAAUUUAGCAGCUUUGAUAUUUUAUCCGAUGAAGAGGUACGGCAGGGGCUGAAAACCUUUUCCAACUGGCCCACUUAUCCCCAGGUGUACGUCAAAGGGGAACUAAUUGGAGGCCUGGACAUUGUCAAGGAAAUGGAAGCAUCAGGGGAGCUGGAUACAAUGUGCCCCAAGGCCCAGAGCUUGGAAGACAGACUUAAAGCCCUUAUUAAUAAAGCCCACGUCACCCUGUUCAUGAAGGGGAACAAACAGAUGGCUAAAUGUGGAUUCAGCAGACAGAUUCUGGAGAUCCUGAACAACAUGGGUGUGGAUUAUGAAACCUUUGACAUCUUGGAGGACGAAGAGGUACGGCAAGGAUUAAAGACAUAUUCUAACUGGCCAACUUACCCACAGCUGUACGUAAAUGGAGAACUUCUAGGAGGCUUGGACAUUGUCAAGGAGAUGAAAGAAAGCGGUGACUUGGAAUCCAUGCUGAAGGGUGGACAUUAAUGGACGAGGAUGCCUUAGACCAGAACAUCUGAUAGUGAAUAAAUUGCUCAGACCUCACCUCCUGGACCUCACCUUGAAAGGCCGUGGUGUGUCCAGGAUACACUUUAUAGGGAAUUGGGGACGACCGUGUCCCUACGUAUUCAUGUGACAUUUGCUCCUAUUAAACAUCAGCAGAAAUGUUUUAAUGUAAUAAACAUUGUUACAAUCA